ACCUCAGACCUUUGAACCUGCAGCAUAAGAUACGAACAGAAGCGCUGCUCAACAUGAGUCUCCUGUCAGGGCUUUACGUCCUCUUGGGUCUUUACUGCUGUCAUUCUGCUACAGUGUUUGUGGGGAAGGACGAGGCCCACGGGGUUUUGAUCCGGACCAAGCGGGCAAACUCAGGCUGGUUUGAGGAGCUGAAGAUGGGCAAUCUGGAGAGAGAGUGUCUGGAGGAGAAGUGUUCGUAUGAGGAGGCGCGGGAGGUGUUUGAACACACCGAGGCCACCAAUGAGUUCUGGAAGAUCUACGAUGUUAAAGAUCACUGUGAAUCCAAUCCGUGUGAGAAUGAAGGACUCUGCACGACCCAGAACUCAGAAUCCUACACCUGUCUGUGUUCGCCGGGCUUCAGCGGACGCAACUGUGAGCAGGCGAUUAAAGACACCCCUGACUCCUGUCUGCAUGAUAACGGCGGCUGUGAGCACUUCUGCGUGGAGGAGGACGCUCAGAGAAACUGUUCCUGUGCCGACGGAUAUUUCUUGGGGUCAGAUGGUCAGAAGUGCUUGACCCACGAGACUUUUCCGUGUGGGAAGGUUCCUCUUCUUCAGGGUGGAGGAGCUGCGACCAAACCAGACGAUGUGAGAUCUCGUAUCGUUGGUGGAGCAGAAUGUCCUAAAGGUCACUGUCCAUGGCAGGUGCUGCUGAAGUACGGUCAGAAGGGUUUCUGUGGAGGUGUGAUCUAUAAACCCACCUGGGUCCUCACUGCGGCCCACUGUUUGGAAAAACUCAAUGUCAGGUUUCUGAAGAUAGUCGCAGGUGAGCAUGACAUCGAGGUGGAGGAAGGCACAGAGCAGGUGAUCCAGGUGGAGCAGAUGCUCAUGCACCCGAGCUACGUGCCCGAGACCUCAGACAACGACAUCGCCCUGCUGCGUCUGCGCACACCCGUCGUCUACAGCUCCUACGCCGUCCCCGUCUGCCUGCCGCUGCGGGAAACGGCCGAGCGCGAGCUGUGGGCCAUCAGCAAGCACACGGUCAGCGGCUGGGGCAAACGCAGCGAGGACGGACCCACGUCACGCUUACUGCGCCGCCUGCAGGUGCCCCGCAUCCGAACGCAGGAGUGCAUCGAGAGCAGCAACGUCACGCUCACCAGAAACAUGUUCUGCGCCGGAUACAUCGAGGGCAAGCAGGACUCGUGUAAAGGGGACAGCGGAGGGCCGCUGGUGACCCGCUACAGGGACACCACCUUCCUGCUGGGCAUCGUGAGCUGGGGCAAAGGCUGCGCCCGACCGGGCUCCUACGGCAUCUACACCCGCGUCUCCAACUACCUGCAGUGGAUCCACCAACACACGGACAACUCUACAGCUGCAGCACCAUGAAGCGUGAACGCACCGCGGAGCUACUAUUUAUGCUUGAUCGUGUCUGAUUUUUGUUCGAUAUUUUAAUUCAUUCACAAAUAAAUCAUUGAGUAGUAAACCA